CUUGUGAUUAUCUUUCAGUUACUCAGUUGUAUUUAAUCUGUUUUGGAUUUUUCUGUCCUUUUGCCUGUAAUAAGUUGCAUAUUUUGCUGUGCCUUUCCUGUCUUUGAAUACUGUGAGGGUUAAAUCCACUACAUCCCAGUCAGCUGUUGGUUUUAUAGAAGUAAGUUUAACUGACUUGUUAGAUAAUAACUUUGAACGUAUCCUUCCGGCGGGAGUGUUGAGCGUUGUUGAACAACCAACGCACUUGUCAUCAGAUUUCUUUGAAGAUGUCAAAUAUUUAAAGACUGCGAAGUGAUGGUCCAAGGAAAGGAUGGAAAAACAGGCCUGUCUAAAAAUGAGUAUCUUCUCGCCGGUUCUGUCAGUGGCUUUGUCGCUAGAGCCGUUGUACAACCGUUGGAUGUAUUGAAAAUACGCUUUCAGUUGCAAAUGGAACCAAUUAAAGUUUCCAAAUCGAGCAAGUACCAAGGCCUUGUUCAGGCUGUGAAGUGUAUAAACAAAGAGGAAGGUGCUAUUGCUUUUUGGAAAGGUCACGUGCCUGCCCAAAUGCAAUCUGUCACUUUCACUGGUGUUCAGUUUCUCUCAUUUGAAGUAAUUUCUUCAUGGUUGAAAGAAGUCAACAGUAUUCUCGUUUCGGAUAACAAAAUUCUGGGCUCACCUUUAACCUACAAACCUGUUGGUAAUUUUCUGUGUGGGUGUGGAGCAGGAUCUAUAGCAGCAAUAGUUACUCAACCCUUGGAUGUUUUGCGUACACGUUUCAUUGCCCAAGGUGAACCGAAAACAUAUGCGUAAGUAUGAUGCAUAACAUUUCCCAUUGUCUGUGAGCUUUCUAAAGGAUUUUUUUUCCCUAAAUUUGAAGUACGCACUUUUUUCUUUUGCC